AUGCAAUAUCGGCCACGUGGCAUCCUCCUCCUCCUCCUUUUCUGCACUUUCCCGGCCCUCGGGUACGUGUGCCCGACGCCUCCGGACGGCGAAAAUUGCGAAUCGAACGAAGAGUGUCGCACACUAUCGCCCACUCACUAUUGUCUUUCCCGGGACGGAAACCAUGGAGUGUGCUGUUCGAAAUGUGAGUGAACUUUUCAUUAGUUAGUCAAUCAUGGUUUGGAGCUCCUACGUUCAAAUUUUUGACCCGAUUCACGGUCUCCAGAGCUGAGAAUAUGGGCGUGCACUCGACCAAAUGGCGUUUUCAUGAAUUGAGCAGGUUUUCUCUAAUUUUUGUGCUCAACGGCGAUGAAAAAUGAUUGUUCGACGUGAAAACACACUAAUUCUCAGAAUUAAUGACGUUUUGGCACAUUUUUCGCGGACUUUGCUUUUUCGCCUUCGCCGCCGAUAGCCGCCGAUCGCCGCCUCAAAACCGCACUUCUCAUUUUGCGCUUUCUUGACCGUUUUCAGACAGAAUUGGUUUUGAGAAUGAUAAAUCACGUAAAUACAAGCAUUUUGAGCGCUCGAACCGCGAAAACUACCGAAAAGCAACUGAAAUUCACGCAGUUUUAGCCAAAAACCUUCAAACGGGUAAAUGUGAUUUUCGACUUGAAUUUAACGCGCUCUUGCGCUUAAAAAAUUUGUAAUAGCCUAUAUAAUCGGUCUAUCGAGAGACAAAUGAGAAAUUAUCGGUUUUUCGUAGUUAAUCCGGCAAAAAACACAAAUUUCGCUGUUAAAAAUUGAAUUUCGCGCCAAUGUAUCGCUCUAUUGGGCGGGGCGCACUUGCGCGCCCAUUGUUAGCUCGGAGACCGUGGCGAUUGGAUUAUUUGAUCCGGAUAUCGCAAAUUGACGAGCUAAAUUUUUCCAAAAAGUCCUCUCCAGUCAUGCUACUAAUUCAGCCGAAGGAUACGUGAAUCUCGUCUUCCACAAACAGCUCUCCGACAAUCACACUAGCAUCCCUUUGGAUUUAUUCGCACCGAAAACCGAGGAAGAGCUCUGUGAGCAUUCUGCUGAAUGCGAUGAUUCCGAGGAGUGCAUGUAUUCGUUCAAACGUGAAGAACUCGAGAACAAUCUACCGGUGACCUCGAAACUCAAAAAACAUUGCUAUAAAAGUGGGUUGAAUUUGAUAUUUUAUCGAUAAAUUCAAAAUUCAGAGUCCGCGCACUGGCUUUCCAAAGUUCAGCUCUGCAACUCGGAUUCCGAAUGCGCCAACAAUUAUUGUACGAUCUUCCGCGCCAAUUUGACGGGCUUGCGAGUUGCGAAAAAAAUGGAAACUUCCAAAAUCACAAUAUACGCUCCAUUCUACGCCGGUGACGUCACCCAAACUUUGCACAAUACCACUUUGGUGAUGCGCGACGAAACGGAAAAGGUGUGGAGGAUUGAGACGAGCGGAACGGAGCUCGAGACGCAAGAGAAAAAGAUCGAUUGCUAUUAUAGUUUCGACGAUUUUGGAGAGCAAAAACUGAAUUCAAUUCGAAUAUUGUCUGCCAAUGUGACGUGUAAUGGAUUGUUGAUAAAGACGGUGGAUAUCGAAAUUCAAGGAUUCAAAGUGUCGGAACAUGAGAAGCAAUUUACCGCUGUUAAAGGAAUUUGCGGGCAUCGUACGUUUCUUGUCUAAUUUUGGCAUUUAGUACUUUGUGUCUGUACUUCACAACUAUUGUCCGAAGUAGAAGGGCUGAAAUAGAGGAAAGUCGUCAACGGAUAAAAUUUUCACAAUGUUUUAGUGAGCAUUUUGUUACUUGACAACUUUUUGACAUCUCCACUGGCAGCUGAGAUAUCUUGUUUUGAAUGACCAGAAAUUCUAAUGAAUAUUGUCAAUACCACUAUUGCAGCCGGUCUCACGUGUCCCAAUUGUUUCAUCGACGGAAAACUGUACAAGUGUGCGCAAGACGAGGACUGCUGGGCGGUCGGAGAUUCGAAUUGGGUCGUGCGAAACGAGAAGUCCCAGUGUAGUUGGGCGACUUUGAACGGACACAGAUUGUGCAAACGAGGUGAGCAUUUUGUCUAAUUUUGGAGUUUGCAAGUUACGUUUUCCGGCUCUUACUAAAUCUUUGAAAAGUUGUUCGGCAAGUGUUGAUGAUAUUAAUAGCGUAAAUGUGUCAUUUAGAUGCUCACAUUUGCCCGUUCGAUUCGCUAAAUUCGAACAGAUCUCAAGUACCGGAGAAGGCGUGCAAAACUGACGACGAUUGUGAGAAUAUGGCCAAUUUCACAGUUCUACGCACCGGGGAGGUGGAAUUUUAGUAAGAUUUUGCUGUAAAAAGGCAUUUUUUGUAAACAUUUUCAAGCUAAUCAUGUUCAGUCCUCACUGCUAUCACGGAGUGUGUUGUGCUCGGCGAGCAAUGUGCAAUCCGCAAGAGAACACUUUUCCCUACUCGUUUCCGGUCGAAAAAUACGGGCGGCAAGAGGCGUGCCACGUGGAUGCCGACUGUACAAUGUUUCCGAAUUUGGUGUAAGUGUGCGCCACCGACAACAUUUACACAUUUCGUGAUUUUCAGAGGAACUUGUCACUUUUCCGAUGCCAUGUGGUAUGUGCUGAAGCUUCGAAAACGCAAGUAUUUGCGAAAACUGCAACGGUUAUUGGUGACGUCGAAAAAAUAUGGAAUGUGUUGUUACAGUAGUAGGAUUUCGCUCCUAGCUAUAGCAAAAUUUCAGUUUUGAACGAAUUUCAGAGAAAGACAGAGAGUGUCCGAUGGGCGGAACACCGACACAUCGGCAUCGGAUCCACGCCGAGUGCGAAACUCAUGCGGACUGUAAUAUCAAUUUGCCCGUUCACGAGUGGACCGCCCAUUGCAACAGAGGAUUCAAGAAACGGACUUGUUGCGAAGGUAUGAUGGGCUUUUCCACAUUCUUUUUUAAACAAAGCUUCUGAACUAUGCAAAUUACACUCAAAACGGAAAAUGUUUGGUUUUAUCACAUCGAUUUGGACGAAGCUUUUCAAUUUUCAGAGAAAAAGUCGGAAGCGAUGUGUCCGAAUGGGUAUACUCCGUAUCGAACCGAACCGAAAUGCACAAAUGUGAGCGCGAGCUCGGACUAUUCGGGAAAUUGUCCGAAGGAAAACGGAAUGUGCUACAAAGGGCAUUGCUGUCCGAAAUGUGAGAAGAUGGGUCUCGCCGCGAAAACCGGAGUAGUCAAGUUCAAAGAGCUGGGCAAUAAGUCGGCCUGAAGUUUCGGACCACUUGCAAUGAUCUGUUAGGACCCGAACUUUUCAGGUUUCUUGAACUUAGACAGAUUGAAGUAUUUCGGGACCAAGUUUUAGACCGAUUAGAAUAUCUGGUUCCUAGAUAUAAUGAUUUGAAGCUGACAAGGUCAGGUUUUUGCAAAAAAUGUGCCCUCUUUUGCCUCAAACCAGUAUAUCUCGGGAACCGAUUAUCCGAUCGGGCUGAAACUUGAACCCACAGCACUAGAAUCCAAAUCCAAGGAGCCUGGAAGAUUUGAGUCCGAUCGGUUAAUUGCAAGUCGAUCAAAAGGCCUGGCUUUCGAAAAGUCCGGGCCCGUCCUUUGUUCAGCUCUCGUCUCGGCACGAAAACUGCUUUUUGUUGUUGAAAAAACUGUGGUCAAGUUUAAAGACGUACCAAAAUGUUUGCAGUGACAAUCGAGAAGUCGGCUAAAAUGACGCCGUUCCACAGCGACUACGUGACCGAGACGCCGUGCGAUCCGCUCGUCCCACUGGAUUUCGCCUACCGUUUCGCGUAUUGCGACGAAAAUGUUUUGAGAGUUGUGGUGAUGGGCGACCGGUCGUGGGACGGAAAUGAAUUAGAAUGGCAGCGAAAGAGGUGCCGGAUUAGCAGGUUAACAAGAAAAAUACUUUUUAAAAUGGAUAAUUAUUUUUUUAGGGACUGCACUUCUCAUCCAUUUUCAGUGUGCGUGCACAAAAUCUACAAUUUGAGAUAUUGCGUGCUUCCGCCGACGGUGAGAAUUCGUUUUUUUCUAGAACAAUAGUUAGGCCUAAUUUGUAAAUGUUCAGUACCGAUACGAGAGCAAUCAGCACCUUUUUUCGGACAUGACGACCGUCUCGAUCACACUAUUUUUCGUCAUUAUUAUCGGAUUUUUCUUCUACCCAACCCGAGUACUCGCAUGA